AUGCGUCUUUCCAUUGCCACUAUCCUUGCCUUCACUGGCAUCAGCUGCGCGCUCACUCAUGCUGUCGACAGCUCCUCUCAUGUUUCAACAGUCAUCUACAAAAAGGCUUUAUCGGAGGGCUUUACGCGCGCCAUCUUCCGUGGCUACCAAGAGGCAUGUGGCUCAGGCGGCCGUGUUGACCCAAACUUUGUACCCAGCUACAAGAAUGCACAGGCGGCGGGCUACAAGAACUUUGAUGCCUAUUUUUUCCCAUGUUCAGGAAAGGACAAUAAAUGCAAGCCCUACAGCACCCAAAUUCACGAGCUUGUUGAUACUAUCGAGAAAAACAAACUCGCCAUUCGCCGCAUCUGGAUCGAUAUUGAGACCGACAGAAUCUGCAACCCCUGGAACUACGGCUCGCAGGGUAAUAUUGCGGAGGCUAAGAAGAUCAUCCAGGCCGUCCGCGACACGAAGAAGGACUUUGGCAUCUACACCUCGGCUUCAAAGUGGGUGAAUAUCUUUGGCUCGAAGAAUGUGGUGCUGGCUAAUGAUGUGCCACUGUGGUUUGCCAAGUUUGACAACGUCGAGACUCUGGAUCUAGUAUCGCCGUUUGGUGGCUGGACCAAGGCGGACGCUAAGCAGUACACAGACAAAUCUGGAAGCGGACAGUUUGAUUUAAACGUUUUUUCUGCUUAAAUAACUCCGAAUCAAUCUCAUGUUAAUAUAGUCACUAGGAAGUUGCUUAUAGUUAGGACGUUACUUAUAUUUUACGUGUCUGACUUACGACUAGUAUGUUGAUAUCUCGGUGUUGAAAUUAGGUAGGUGUUCUUUGUUUAAAAUAAUCAAUCCCUGAUUAUCAGAAGCAAUAUUUUAGGUUGUACUAUCGUAAACUAAAUAUUGUAAGCGGUUGUUUGCUUUGAAGAAUAGCGCACCUGCCAUCCCUCGAGGACGGAACACUAGCAGCCGCUUUCUACAUCACCAUUUCAUCAUUGUCAGAUUGGUUUUGACAUGACUGCACAGUAUGUAUACUCUCUGCGCCACCUGUGGCUGUCUAAUAACGUAUAUUGUGAAUGCUAUCACCAUCUGUUACCCCAAUCGGCGAUAGCAAUCUCACGGUGCGCGGUCAUUCUGUUUGACACACUCGUGAAACAUAACUUGCGACGACAGCCGCCGACGUAGCCAAUAGACACCCAGCCCACGCAUGAUGCCACUUUAAUUCUCUCCAAACGCAUAGAAAUAAUUCCUGCAAGUAAAAGCCGCAAGGCAGAGAGCUGGGCUCCCGUGACGGAGUGUCCACGCAGUUCCCCCUUUGC